GUGCUUUUCAACCUUCAAAUUCACAACCCAAUACCUCAAAAUAUAAGUGUAUGGCAGAGCAUCUUGAAAAAGAACUUGCAGCAAAUAAUCUAAGUCAUGUUAAAGGAGUUGUUGAUAAUGCAA